AUGGCCGUGAGCCUUUUGCGGGACUGGUGCCGGGGGCUGGAUGUGGACAUGCACCGGGCCCUGCUGGUCACCGGCAUCCCGGAGGGCCUGGAGCGGGCGGCCAUCGAAGCCGUCUUGCAGCCGGCCUUCCUGCCCUUGGGCACGUUCAGGCUGUGGAACGCCAGGGCCGCGAGGGACCACAAGGCCAAGGCCGCCCUGGUGGAGUUUGUGCAGGACAUAAAUCACGCGUCCGUCCCCAGGGAGAUCCCGGGCAAGGACGGGGUCUGGAGGGUUGUGUGUCAGGACCCCGCGGAGGACCCAGGAGUCCUGAGGCAGAUGAGACGCCUGGUGCUGAAUGAGAGGCCCUCGCAGGCCGCGGGGCCCGGGGCCGCCGGGGACACGCUCCUCUCUCGGGCCUGGGAGCCCCGGGCCCAGGGCUCAGAGCCGGCGGCCAGGAGGGCUGGCCCACCUCCCAGGCGGGGCCGCCGGGCUCGCAGAAACAGAGCCAGAGGCAACAGGUGGGCCCCGAAGGGCCAGAAGAGCCAGAAGAGCGAGCGAGGGGGGCGGCGGCCCACGUGGGCCCGGCGGGAGUCGGGCGCCUCUUCCGAGGGCAGCCUGGGCAUCGUGCUCGAGGAGCUGGACCCCGACGACCUGAGCGCCGACGAGGCGCAGAGCGCGCCGUCCGCCACGCUGCACCAGGCCGCCCAGGAGCUCAGCAAGAAGGAGUGGGCCCUGCGGAGCGGCGCGCACGCAGGCCAGGGGCCCCGCGAGUUCUUGGCCCUGGUGACGGUGACCGACAGAGCCAAGCGGGAGCCGACGGAGAAAGGCGCGCCGGGGCCCGAGGCCGUCAGCCUCAACGGCGGCGGCCAAGGCCGGAGCCGCCGCGGCCCCGACUUAGUGGCCCUGCUUGCCGUGCGAGACGCGGGCGACGAGGAGCCGGCGCACGGCGACGCUCCCGAGAGCGAGUCGCAGCCGAACGGGGAGGCGGGAGACGAGGCGCUGGACAACCCCGACUUUGUGGCCAUUGUGGCCUAUACGGACCCGUCGGACGCCUGGGCCCGCGACGAGCUGCUGAAGAUCGCUUCGGUGAUGGAGUCCCUGGGCUGGAGCGCCAGGAGAGACGGGACGGAUGCCCUCCGCGAGGUCCUGGGCGUCCUGUCCCAGGACACCGGGGGAGCCCGCGGGAAGGUGGAGGAGGCGGGCCGCCAGCUGGACGCCCUGGUGCUGCGGAAGGCCGCGGGCGGCGGGAGCCUGCGGGAGUGCAUCUGCGCCCUGGCCGCGCCCGACCCCCCGGCCCCCGGCAAGAGGGCGCGUGGCCCCCUGGCGGGCUGGGGCGCCGGCGAGGGGGGCCUCCUGGAGCUCGUGGCGCUGCUGGCGGCCCGGGAGGGCGCGGCGGCGGCGGCCGAGGCGGCGGAGAGCGAGGAGUCGCAGGCCGAGCCCCGGGCGUCCGGCAAGGCGCGGGCCAAGCGGGCCCGCACGGCCUCCGGGGCGCUGGGCGAGGUGGGCGAGGCGGGCGCGGCCCCCGCCCCGUCGGGCUCCCGCAGACGCCGAGGGGGAGGCGGCGGCGGCGGGCGGGCGGUCAGUCUCGAGACGCCGGCCGAGGACCGGGCCGCGGCGCACGGGAAAAAGAAGGGGCGCGCGGGCGCGGGGGCCCACGUCCAGGCCGGCGAGGCCAGGGCUCCGCCGCCCCCCGGCUCCGAGUCGGCGGGCGGGAGGAAGGCUCGUCGCGGCGGGAGGCAGCCCCCCAGGGGCGGCCGCUAG